AUGGCCUGCACCUUUAGCCUGUGCCAAGCAGCAUUGACCACUGCGAUGAUGUGCUCGUCUAUUGCAUUGGGUCAUGACCUGGGAUGUGCAGCCAACGCCAUGUUAUACGCUGUAAAUGUGAUGGCAUCGCUUAGCUUGGCUCCCUGGGUGAAUAGCAGCCUCAGUCCUAAGCAAGGCUUGGUGGUUGGCUUCAUGUGCUGCAGCAUCUACAUGCUGUGCUUUGCCACUGUGGCUGCUAUCAUUGAUCAUCCGCAAGGAACAGAAAAUCUCACAGGUGGUCAGGAGAAGGUGGCCUUCUUGGCUGUCUUCUUUGCAUCCGUGGACUUUAUGGCUGCACUACGAGCUCGGGUAGUGGAAGUGGCAGCAUUGCACAAUCCGAGUUCGCUGCGGGGUGGUUCGCAGUGUUGUUUCUCCUGGGACGAUUUUCCACUCCUCACGGCCUCGGAUGACAAGGUGGGCGCUUUCUUCGGAGGUCUCGGGAUCAGCAUCUCAUGGACUGGACAGGGUUUGUUCUUCUCCUUGGUGGUGCAACAGCUGACAGAAACAGAACGGGUGGACAAGGUAUCUAUGGCAGAUCUGCGAGAAACAGAGGAGGCAUGGAAGCUGAGUCAAGCGACUUCGCAGCUUUCCUCUAGCUUUGCCGUGUGGAUCAUGGUAGCGGCCACGGCGUCUUUUGCUGCCACAGCCGAACUCAACACGGUGAUGCCUGAGAAGCGGCUAUUGUCAUUCACCAACGUGGCUUUUGGUCUCUUGGUUUUUCGUCGCAGUUGCGUGAUCCGAGUAGCGGAUCCCGUAGGUCUCUCCGUGACUUCGGCAGCAUCCCAAAAUGCUGCCUGGGUGAACAGCCACGUCAACGGGCACUUGCUCUUGAAGGUGGAAUGGAGGGAACCGCCUGGUUUUACGAUUGAUUUGCGCGAUGUCAUUCGUCAUGCCUUCGCACAUCCCAAGUACCUGGGAUUUGCCAGCGCCAUGACCACGGCCAUUGCGGGAGUCACUCGAAGCGCAAGCGAAGCGCGAGAGGAGAUGGGGGGUUUAAACCACUUUGAUAUGUGUGAUAUGUGUGGUGAUGAUGAUGAUGAUGAUGAUGAUGAUGAUGAUGAUGAUGAAACAUGGGUGGGUGUAUGGUGCUGA